GGGUCUAAAAAGGUGAAGACUUGGGAUCAGCAUGUCCUAGGUGCCUCUUAGAGUGAGAAAUUCUGCAGGACCCGUGUGUAUGGGUGUCAAAGAUCAAACAGGUACCAGGAAAACCAGGAAGCUCAAGCCUAAGCCUAGAGAGAGAGAGAGAGAGAGAGAGAGAGAGAGAGAUUGUAUUUCUUGAGUGACCUUUUUCUUUUUGUGCCCUUUUGUGGAGACCUGGCUUCCCCAUGGUCCAUGGUCUGCUUCCUCCAAUGCCUUUGGGGCUCCAUGUGAUGGUGGAGGCUGGCUUCUAACUAUAGCACCAGCACCGAGAAGCAGGAAAAGAGGGACCCUGCUUUCCUCCUCGGGCCCACUGUGACAGGCCGUUCCCAGUCCCUUCUAUGUUGAAGGGAAUGAUCAGCUGGGCAGCAGACUCAUGCUUGAUUUCUUGGGUCUUCGCCCACGGAGAACCUUGGCUUUCAGAUGGAAGCUCAUUUGAGAACAGAUACCCCUCCUUCUUCUUCUUCUUCUUCUUCUUCUUCUUCUUCUUCUUCUUCAACCAAAAAAGGAUCCACAAACCCAGUGGUUGAUUUUGAACUUGGUGGCCUUCCAAGGUGGGCUUGGGAAAAGCCAGGACAUUUUAUGUUCCUACAGCAGCACCUCCCCUCCUCCCCUUGACCCUGAAGCUGGAGCCAUGGUGGGCAGAGAGCAUCCUGUCAGCUCUGUAGCCCUAAAGCCAGCACCGGUGCUGGCAGGAAGUGGGGGUAGCUUUUGGAAGGUGCUAGCUUCUCGUCAGAGGCCAGAGGGUCCUGGUCUAGGGGGCUCCUGCUGCUCUUUGAUCAGCUGUCUUUCUUGCACAGCUGGGCUGCAUCCCAUGAAACCAGGGUGAGUGAUUUGAGCCCCUGGAUACAGCAUUUGGCUGGAGCUUAGGCUAUAUGGGUUCUAAGAACAGUUUUGAUCUCUCAAAUCUGUGACACCAGUUCCUGUUCAUCAAGCAUGUUUACUUCUCACAAUCCUGUGACUGUGGUUCCUCCUGGAAAAACUGAGGCUCAGAGUGGCUGGGUAGCUUCAACUACCCAGGUCUGCCUGAGUUUAGACCCCAGGCCCCUGUGGGCCAGCCUGAGACCCUCUGAGCCCCUUCUUUGGCAAAGCCGUGUCCCUGGCUCAGUUGGCCAGAGAUGUCAUUUCAGCCUGGACGUGCUGAGGUGCCGGCUCAACAUCCCGGUGACUCUGUACCUCCAAAUGGGGGCUUCUGGGGAACAGCCCCAGGAGGUGGGUUCGUGUGGCCUCUGCCUACCAGGGCAGGCCCCGAGGAAGCCCAUGCCUUUGCUCUGGUGGAGGCGUGGAAGCAAAGGGUGGCCUGAGGUCCAAGAGGGUUUGCAAAAACAAAAACAAAAAAACAACAAGAAAACUCAAUCAUGUCAUAAGCUGGAAUCUCUGUAACUUCUCUCCAUUCUUUUAUUCUCCAGGCUAGUGGCAAAGAAGCAGGAUGGUGGCUGUGGGGGGGUGGUGAAUGAGUCACGGACACGUGCAGGUGACUCCUGGCCCCCUCCACAGGAAAUGCCUAGGCCUCAAAUCCUAUAAUGUCUGAGAUGGAAGAGGGCCUCAAGCUUGCCUUGUCUGGGCACUUCCUGUUCAGGUGGAAGAGAGCAGAGCAAUCUGCUCCCAUGAAGCCCCCUCCACACUUCCCCCCGAGGGGUGGCCUCGCAGUUUGCGACGUGGAGAAAGGCAGAGGACCAAGCGCGACCGAAAGCCCUUCUCUGACCCGCUUGUCACCCGCUUCAGGAGAGGUACGUGCCUCUCCUCAUAGCCUGGGAGACACCUGCCUGGACUCUGGCCCUUGGCGGCCACCCUGAUGCACAGGCUGGGAGCGAUGGGAGCAGAGCAUCAGACACCUGCCCACUCGGUUGCCCUGAAGGAAACCUGCAAUCAUCUUCAGAUAUGGAUCGUUCAGCGGAGGGGUGAAAAAACCCAGAAACGUCAGAUGCCUGGCAGCCAGAGGCCCCGGAGAAGAGCCGUGCCAGGCCUUGGAAGGGCUGCCCUUGGAAGAGCACGCUGUGUCCCACAUAAGGUAAGUUGAAGCAUGGGUGCUUUAGGGACUUGCCUGAGUGGGCCCCACAGUGACAGCCAGACUCUGCGUGAGUCGUCCUAGAAAUCAGAGGGGGGCAUUUAUAGGAGGUCUGGUCAGAGCCCCUGUCCUGAUGGUCAGUGGUUGUCAACUGGGGAGGGGUUUGGCCUCCCAGGGGAUAUUUGGCAGUGUCUGGGGACAUCUCAGAUUGCCACAACUGGGGGAGGGGGUUGCUACUGGCAUCUGGUGAUAGAAUCCAGGGACGCUGCUGACAUUUUACGAUGUACCGGAAGCCUCCCCGCCCAUAAGGAAUUAUGUAGUCUACGAUGUCAGUGCUGAGGUUGAGAAACCCCAGGGACAGCCCCAUCCUAGGCUCUGCUGGAAGACGGGGCCGCUGUGAGGACCUGGUUCCGUGGCAUCCAGAGCUCUGGGGGCCUAAUGUCCCCCUUUCCGCUCCCAGUGUGGGGGGGGGGCGCUGUCAGGCAUCCUGUCGAGGUGUCUGCCGAAGUGGGUGAGGCAUGGGCAUCACAGCCAACCCUCCUGAGUAAUUUCGGAGAGAAGCUUAUAAAGCGUUUUAAGAGGUUGCUAAAUUACAACUUCAGUGUCACAUAAAUGCUUCCAUAAACGCCAGUCUUGCAAACCAAGUCUGUGUGGGAGAAGAGUGAGCGGGUCGCCUGAGCCUUGGGAAAUCCCACUUUGUGAGGCGGCAGACGGAGUUUACUUUUGGUGGUUAAAUUCUCAGGUGCUCCUCCCAGCUUGCUUAAUUAUCUGGCAGUGCUUUGUUUAUUCUCAUUUUUUCCUUCCCUGUCCAACGCGUCUGCAUUGACCAUCUCCUGUCAUCUGCACUGAGCCGUCUCUCAGGGCCUAGGGGGACGGUGGAGGCUGCCCAGGGUCCUGAUUCUACUCUCCCAGGUUCAGAGACCUGCGGGUCACAAAGGACACUGCCCUCCAGGGCAGCCCCUUGGAGGGCUCACACACGCGAUCCUUUGCCAGCCACAGCCACAAACCAUCAUCAAAGACUGUCCUGUGUAAGCAGUGUUUCUAGAGCGCACAGGGGUUUUCAAAAUACCCUUACCUCUGUUCUCGACUCUUCUCAUAUCUGUGGGAAGCAGGCAGGGCAGGCUGAUGACCUGCACUGUCCUGAUGAGGACACUGAAGUACACCACAGUCAUGUGCUCACAUGGCAGGACCGAUUAUCCGCAGAGCCAUCAUUUGGACCUAGGUCUCUGGGUCCCAGAUUCUGGGUGCCUGCACUUGACUUUGGUUGUGUGAGAGAAGCAGCAGGAACACAGGAGUACAGGAUUUGGGGUCUGGGAGACCUGGUCUCCGUUCCAAGCUCUGUCACUCACUGCCAUGUCACCAUUGGUGCCAUGGAGACAGGACCGGCUGCCUCCCAGGAUUGUUGUGUGGUGUAAAUGAAGUGACUACGGGUCCUGAACACAGCAGCUCCGGGAAUUGUCCUUCCCUUUUAGCCGUCCCAGGGGCCCAGGCGCAGGGGAGCACCUGUGAGGCCGGGGAAGUGGACAGGGGGUGACGAGCAGACAGACUGGGUUGCUCCGGGGAAGGCACGCAGAGAGAGCAGGAACCAAAUGUCAUUUGUGAGGCCACUCCCGAUUUAUGGGAUCUGGUGCAAAGACUUUGAAGACGCAAUAAAAUUCAUAUUCUGACAGGAAAUGACAACACACGAGAGUCCUGACUUAGCAAACAAAAUUCAAAUUUUUUUUUUUUUAAUUUUUUACAAGCUAAGAAAUUCUGGAUGGGUAGCAAAAAAAUCACAUUCUGAUGAGAUUAGCUUUCUGGAAUAGGAAUAGGCUUUCCCAAGAGAAACACGCCAACACCCCAUGGAGACUGUAUAUAAACACCCCAGAGAGGCCUUGAGAGUCUAGAACCUGAGCUCCUUGCUUCACUGUGACCUGCCUCUGCUAGGAUCAUGGCCACCCAGGUCUGCACCCCGGUCUUCUCCUCUGGGUCUGUCAAGGGCCUGUGUGGCACGGCAGGCGGCAUCUCUCGGGUGUCCUCCGUCCGCUCUGUGGGCUCCUGCAGGGUCCCCAGUCUUGCUGGUGCUGUGGGGUCUGCCUCCUCCAUCAGGCUGGGCCUCUCCAGCCUCGGGAGCUGCUUGCCCGGCUCCUACCUGGCCGCUGGCUGCUACCCCUCUGGCUUUGUUGGGAGCGGGGGCUGGUUCUGCGAAGGCGCCUUCAAUGGCAACGAGAAGGAGACCAUGCAGUUCCUGAAUGACCGCCUGGCCAGCUACCUGGAGAAGGUGCGCCAGCUGGAGCGGGACAACGUGGAGCUGGAGACCAGGAUCCGGGAGUGGUAUGAGUCUCAGAUCCCGUACAUCUGCCCAGACUACCAGUCGUAUUUCAAGACCAUCGAGGACCUCCAGCAGAAGAUCCUGCUGACCAAGGCUGAGAACGCCAGGCUAGUCCUGCAGAUUGACAACGCCAAGCUGGCUGCCGACGACUUCCGGACCAAGUACGAGACGGAGCUGUCCAUGCGGCAGCUGGUGGAGGCCGACACCAACGGCCUGCGCAGGAUCCUGGACGAGCUGACCCUGUGCAAGGCCGACCUGGAGGCCCAGGUGGAGUCCCUGAAGGAGGAGCUGCUGUGCCUCAAGAAGAACCACGAGGAGGAAGUCAACACGCUCCGUUGCCAACUUGGGGACCGACUGAACGUGGAGGUGGAUGCCGCCCCCCCGGUGGAUCUCAACAAGAUUCUUGAUGAUAUGAGAUGCCAGUACGAGGCCCUGGUGGAGAAUAACCGUCGAGACGUGGAGGCCUGGUUCAACACCCAGACCGAGGAGCUGAACCAGCAGGUGAUGUCCAGCUCGGAGCAGCUGCAGUGUUGCCAGACGGAGAUCAUCGAGCUGAGACGCACGGUCAACGCCCUGGAGAUCGAGCUGCAGGCCCAGCACAGCAUGAGGAACUCCCUGGAAUCCACCCUGGCGGAGACCGAGGCGCGCUACAGCUCCCAGCUGGCCCAGAUGCAGUGCCUGAUCAGCAACGUGGAGGCCCAGUUGGCCGAGAUCCGCUGUGACCUGGAGCGGCAGAACCAGGAGUACCAGGUGCUGCUGGACGUCAAGGCCCGGCUGGAGUCGGAGAUCGCCACCUACCGCCGCCUGCUGGAGGGCGAGGACUGCAAGCUGCCUGCCCACCCUUGUGCCACGGAAUGCAAGCCUUCCGUUAGGGUACCUUACGUCUCGACUGUGCCCUGUGCUCCGGCUGUGCCCUGCGGCCCGGCUCCCCAGGUCAGCACCCAGAUCCGCACCAUCACCGAGGAGAUCAGAGACGGGAAGGUCGUCUCCUCCAGGGAGCACCUGCAGCCCUGCCCACUGUAGCCAGACCCCCGGAGGGACACCCCUGUGGCUCCUGGCUCUAAAUGACCUCCCCUCCAUUCCUUAGAGGGGCUCCCCGCUCAGCAGAUUUUUUUUCUACCAAAAUGACUUCUUAUAUUGUGUUUCUGGACUUAACUGCUUUUAUGCAAAACUAGGUUCCCCUGGAAUUCUACCCAAUAAAGUGUGUUCUCUUGGCAUUGCAAA